ACCCAACAUGGAGCAUGGCGCUAUGCAGAUGCAGCCCGGCCGGAGCACACGUUGACCAUACGCCAGCACUCGGUUGUUCCCUACAUGACAUCCUCACCACCAUCAAGGCUGAGGUCAAGGCCUUUCCGCAGUUCCAGCUCUACUAUGACGAUCUCCACCCGCUCUCGUCCCCCGUCCAUGUGCGUCUGCCCGACAACGGCCUGCGCCUGCAGUUCGACGGGCCCGACCAGCGCCUGCGCCUGAUAGAAGUGCUCGACUUUGCGCGGGCGAAGCUGGUGUACAAGGACGUCGACGUCUUCAAGCCGGGCGAGGGACAGACCAGCUUCACCGCAGGGCCGUCGGGACCCCGCUUCAGACAUGUCUACGAUAAGCUGCUGGGUCCCACGUACAGCGGAGAGUACAUGCCACCACGAACAGAUGACCCCAACGCGCGCGGGACGUACAACCUGUCCUACCCCGGCAUCGCCUUCAACUUCCCCGUCCAGCACUCGGCAUACUCGCCCAAGAAGGACUUCAUCUCGCUGCUGUCCUCGUCCGCCACGGGCCCUGCAACCUCCAUGGCCAUCUUCAACGGCGAGUCCUGGCAAAAGGCCCGGUCAACCCUCUUCACCGCACCGCCUCCAAACCCACGCUCAGCAGCCCUCACAGCAAAGGGCAAAGAAGGCGGCCCAGACGAGAUCGAGCACAUCAAGAUCCACGGCCAAGGACGCCUCGAACUGAUCCGUCGAUCCAGCCCCCCCUUCUGGAUCACCCUCAGCGAAACCACCCCGCAAGACCUCAUCAUGGACCUCGGCGCCCCAGACGCAAUCUACAGGAAAAACGACCACCGCCUCUCCAUCCACAAAGACCGCCGCCCAAGCGACGCCUCCUCCCUGUCCCCCGCCUCCGACGCAGAAGACUCCGACUCCGCCGCCCUCGAAGCCCAGGAGCGCGACGUCGCCGCCGCAGAACACUUCUACAACUACUUCCACCACGGCUUCGACAUCUUGAUCUCGCAGCCCACGCACAUCUCCCCGCCCUCACCCACCGCAGAGCGCCAACAGAACCACCCAGCAACAACAACAACACCAGCACAACCCCUCCACCACCUCACCGCCACGAAAAUCAUCCUCCACGGAAACGUCCCCGGAUCCUACCAAUUCAACCGCCACCGCCGCACCAGAUGGUCCCUCGAACACGUCCCCUCGCCCACAUACCCCGAGCCCCUCACCUCCGAAAUGCCCUUCGCAGACAUCUCGGGCCGCCUCAAGGACGUGUUCAAAACGCACUACGACACCAAGGAGCAGGAGAUGUCGCAGCAGCGCGGCAUGGCGCUGAAUCGCGGGUGGGGCGAUAGUCCGGGGAGUAGUUGUGAGCUGCUGGGCGGGUGGGAGGAGGGGUCGUCGAAGACGAGUCUGUUUGCGGGGGUGGGUGCCGCUGGGAUUGGGACGUCGGGUUUGGGUGUUGGGGAUGGCGCGGCGGAGGUGGGGAAUGUGGAGUUGUUUGGGUUUCCGGGCAUGGUGUUUGAGGUGGGGAAGAAUGGGGCGGUGAGCUCGUUGACUGUUUAUUAGUUAUAUAUAUAUAUGUCUUUCUCUAUGGAAGACGGGGAGGGGAAACGGACAUAUUGGGGUGUUUUCUGGUACUGGCCAAAGAUCUUAAGCCGCAGCGUGUUUUUUUGUGUAUCUACCUACUAAAGUGCUUUAUAUAUACUACCAACAACAAGCCGAAAAUC